CCCUGCCAGAAGGUGCCCCCAGGCCCCCUCUCCUCUGCCAGCCGGAGGGCAGACUCCCCGAGGACCAGCUCUCCAGUUGGGCACCAGACGCCAAAAUGGAAUUCCUCUAUCUUCUUGGAAACUCCGAUGACCUCAAGGAAAACUCCCAGAAAGAUCAGAAGACUAAAAAGUCUAAAAAAGUUCACGUGGUUGAUGCGCUUAAGCAGACCGCGCCUGAGAUGUGCGAAGAAAAGGAUCUUCUGAAGCCUUGUUUGGAGUACCAGGGGCUGUUGAAGAAUGUUUCAAAUAUUUCCAGUCCCGUGGCUCGCAGAAAGAACAAAAAGCUUAAAAACAAGCACCGUGGGGAUGGGUCAGGAGCUCCGGAGCCUACUCAUUCCACUAAAUGCAGUGGAGAGAACCUGGUGUUUUCUCGUUCAUCUGUGUCUGAAAUUGGCAAGAGAACAAAGAAAGACAAAGAUCGCCGCAAAGUCCGUCCAGGACAGCCGUCAGACGCGGCUUCCAGAAGCGUUGGCAGAAGCCCCCAGACCCCUAGAAAAAGCCCCUGGGACCAUCCGAGACCUAAAGGGUCCCGUGUUGGCCGUCUCCCGAGCCCGGAGUUUGGUGAGGGCGAUGCAGGCCAUGGGCUGAGCCCUUCAGGAGCAGGUGGUUCUUCUCAGACCCCAUAUCAGCAUGGGGACUUUGAGUCUACUCUAGACCAAUUAGCUGGUGGGACGCUGACAGGUUUCAAGAAGCCCAGGAAAUCGCACAAGGAAGCAUCUGUCUGCGGGGUGUCGGGAAUCCCCUCCCCUGAAACGGACAGCUGUCCGAGCGGCACAGAUCUUCUUUUAUCCUCCACUCCCACCGGCCCAGAAUUUCACGAUGAUGGCUCGGGAGAUGAAUUGAGUGUGCGGGGCCCCAAGGCAAAGAGACCUUCUCGGAGAAGGAAAUCCAGAACCGAAGAGACUCCUCGUCACCCUGAUCUCAGCCAAGAGGUUUUUGAAACUCAGGAGUCUUUCAUCCCAGGGCCCGUCCCGAGGAGUCUGGGCCUCUCCGAGCACUUCCCAAGUCCUCCUUCAUCCAGAGCGAGCUGUGGGAGACAGUGUGACCGAUCCGUCCCCUCUAGAGAUAUUUCGCAGGCGAGUCCAGACGGUGAGGAAGCCCAGGAGCUCGAACGCCUUUUUCUGAAUCAUUUUAAAACCAGAAAGAAAAAAAAGAGCCAGGUAGCAACACAGGAGAAGGCCAGUCAGACAGAGAACUUCUUUAGUUCUCCAGCCCUGUCCACCUUCUUGCUCUUUAGACAAAGAAAAGAGGAGCCGGAAGAAAAGCCCUUGGAUUUGCGUGUGCCGGGAAGGAGAGGAUCGCCAGGGCCCACGGAGACCGCGGGUCUCCUAGAAGACGAGCCUUCCGGAUCAGAAAUCCUCCUCGCAGGCGAGGGCAGGAGGGAAACCCGUCGUCACGCCCGGCCGCGACGAUCUGGCGAGAAAAGAUACGUCCAGACGCUGCUUAAUUCUUCCUUUUACUUCAAGGUGAAAGGUGAGCCGGGCACUAACAUAUCCAAGGAGCCACUGGUGAAGUCGAAGGCCAAAAUCAAAGCCAAGAGCAGUUACAAAUGAUUGUCCGGAAGUUGUACGGAAAGACGUACCGCACGGGUUUCCAAAGUACAGCUAUCCAAUUCACGUGUUUGGGUGCCAUUUAGCGUUAUCAUUCGGUGGUGGUUGUCGAGCACUUUACUGGGUUCAGGAGACUGUACUAAGCGUCUAAAAAGGGUGUGUGUGGUAGGGGCUUUUAUACCUUAAUAGUUUGUUUUCUUGCAGACACAAUAAGGGGAGGGAAGCGAAGCAACCCAUUUGUGAGGCUAGCAUGGAGAUUUCAGCAAAAAGAGUUACUUCAAAACAAAUAACCGUAUUUUUGUUGUCAAUUCAAGCACGCGGAAUUAAAGUUAAUGUUCGCUCUCCAGAAAUCCUCUUCAAGCUACCACAGUCUUUCAUUUUGAGUCACCUCAUUAAGUCAAACUGUAGCAUAAAGCUUUUCUCCAACCCCCUGGACAAGCAGCUGUCAACACUCAACCUACAGAUAAUAUAUGAGAGAACCUUUUAUCCCCUUCUAACUGAUAGCUUAAUGAGCUGUUUUCAGGAGGAAAUUGCUUGCCUAGAUCAGUGUGCCCUAGUUGUCCCCUGUUAAUGACUCGAUGGCCAUUUAAGCAACCUCAUUUGUAGAAGUUCCAAUACCGAAGGUGUUUUCUCCAACACCUUACCUCGUAACAUUACGGAUGCUAUUCCCCGGCUUAUUAUAUUUCCUGUCUUUUUUUAAUUAAUGGAUGUAACGGUGACAAUCGGGUUGAAAACGUGGAGGAAAAGGCCCUCUGGGCUGUAGA